AUGGACAACAAUGAUGACGAGGACGGUUGUAUGGCUCUACCUCCAGAUAAACCUUGUGACCUACUCUCAGGAGGAUCCGUCCCAAAGCUUCUGAAGAAAUCAGCCGGCGGAGAAAAAUGUUGCAUCUUUAGAAUCCCUCAGAGACUCGAAAAGAACAACGAGAAUGCUUAUGAGCCUAGGGUUGUCUCAGUAGGCCCAUACCAUCACGGGAAAAAACAUCUUGAGAUGAUCCAAGAGCACAAACAUCGUCUCCUAGGGUUUUUCAUGGAUGAAGUUCAAGAAAAAGGUGUGGAUCCGAAAGAUUUGAUCGAAACAGUGUCAAAGUUGGAGGAAGAUAUAAGAGAGUCUUAUUCCGAGAGUCUUUAUCAUGGUGAUGAUGAUUUGUCCGGCUCGAAGAAACUGAUUGAUAUGAUGGUUCUUGAUGGUUGCUUCAUUCUCAUGUUGUUCAUGGUAGUAGCUGGAGAAGUCCGGUACAAUGGUGUUGAAGAUGAUCCUAUUUUCAGAGUGCCAUGGAUCUUACCGGCGAUAAGAAGUGAUCUACUUCUUCUCGAGAACCAGGUUCCUUUCUUUCUUCUUCAAACCAUAUUUGAAAGAUCGAAGAUGGUAACCUCGAGUGGGCUAAAUGCGAUUACGUUUAACUUCUUUAGCUACUCCAUAGAUAAACCAGAUGAGUUUUGGUUGAAACGACAGAAACUUGAGGCAAACCAUCUUCUUGAUCUGGUUCGCAAGAUUUUUAUGCCUAUCUUGCCUCAAAAACAAGAAGAAGAAACGGAUCUUCCUCGCCCUUUUCUUGGAUUGAUUCUAUCGGCAAAGAAACUUCAGUUACGUGGCAUAAAGUUCAAACCAAGGAACAACGCAGAAACACUAUUAGACAUAAAGCUUAACAAGAACGUUGUGGAGGUACCACAAAUGAUCUUGGAUGAUUUUAUCAUCUCGGUCUUCUUGAACUGUGUUGCCUAUGAGCAGAUUUAUGCAGAUUCUACAAACCACAUAACCAGCUAUGUCGCUUUCAUGGGAUGUCUACUAAAACAUGAGGACGACGCGGCGUUUCUAAACGAAAAAGGGAUUAUAGAGAACUAUUUCGGAUCGGGGGUUGAAGUCUCUCAAAUCUUUAAGGUCAUUGGUAAAGACAUUGUCUUCCACGUCUCUGAGAGUUACUUAGCUGAGGUUUUUGAAGGGGUUAAUGAGUAUACUUCAAGAGGAUGUCAUGUACAUUUGGCUGGAUUCGUGCAUACACAUUUUGAUACUCCAUGGACGUGUCUUUCGUCUUGCGCUGCUUUGACGCUUCUCAUUCUCACGGUGUUUCAAGCAUUCUUUGCAGGGUUUGCUUAUUUCCGUCCUCCCAAAGACAAGUGA